AUUCUGAGACAUAACAAUCUUAGCUUAGUACAAGUAGUGUAUUGUGCAUUUGAAAGAUAUGAAAGGCUUCAGAGUUUCAAUCAUAUCAUGGUUUUGUUUCUUGUUUCUGUGUUGUUUUGUCUAUGGGCAGCUUGAUUACAACUAUUAUGAUGCCAGUUGCCCCAACCUGACAAGAAUUGUCAAGUAUAGUGUCUGGUCUGCUAUCUCCAAUGAUACGAGGAUGGCUGCCUCUCUCCUUCGUCUCCAUUUCCACGACUGCAUUGUUAAUGGAUGUGAUGCGUCUGUGUUGCUCGACGGUGGGGAGAAGAAUGCGAAGCCGAACAAAGGCUCAGCCAGAGGGUUUGAGGUCAUUGACACAAUAAAAGCCAAUGUGGAGAAGUUCUGUCCAAACACUGUUUCAUGUGCUGAUAUACUCACUCUUGCAGCUAGAGAGGCUAUCUAUUUGAUUGGAGGGCCCUUUUGGUCUGUGUCGUUUGGGCGCCGAGAUGGCCUGACAACAAGUGAGGAUGCAGCUAACAACCAGGUCCCUUCACCCUUUGAGCCACUGGAAAACAUCACAGCAAAGUUUGUCUCAAAGGGGCUUGACAUUAAGGAUAUGGUUGUUCUUUCAGGUGGACAUACCAUAGGAUUUGCUCAGUGCAUCACAUUCAAGCAAAGGCUGUUUGAUUUUGAUGGGGCUGGCAAUCCUGAUCCAACACUGGAUGCAUCCAUGCUAAGCAACCUGCGAAGCCUCUGCCCGAACCAAGACGAUUCGGACCCGAAUUUGGCCCCUCUAGAUGCUGUGACCACCAACAAGUUUGACAAUGUAUAUUUCAAGAAUGUGGUGAACAACACUGGGUUGCUUCAGUCAGACCAAGCUCUGGUGGCUGACAAUACCACUGCCCAGAUGGUGCUUGGUUACAGCAGGUACCCAUAUCUGUUCUUGAAGGAUUUUGCUGCAUCAAUGGUGAAACUGGGCAGUGUGGGUGUGCUUACAGGGAAAGAUGGAGAGAUAAGGAAGAAUUGUAGAGUUGUGAAUUAGUGAAAUGUAAUGGAUUCGGCCCUGUAUAAUGUGGUUUAGUUCUCAGGUCCUCUAUGUGAAAAUGAAAACUUAUAGCCAUUUAUGGCUUCCAAUAACUUUGGACUUCUUUG